AUGACUUAUCUUUUAAAGGAAACCACAAGUGAAAGCAACCAUGAUGAUGCAGUAGCAGUUCAUUCUACAGUGGUGGAUGUUGCUCCAAGUGAAGCCCAGGAACUUGAACCUGCAUCCAGCUUUGUGUCUGUUCUCUGUAGAGACCAGGACCAGAGUGAAGCUCAAGGAUGUAGAUUUUCAUCCAGUGGGACCUAUCUUCCCUCCACAGACUUGGGUCAGAGUGAAGCCCAGUGGUUUCAAGAGGCCAGGAGUCUGAGUGAGCAGCUGAGAGAUACCUACACCAAAGCCACUUUUCGCCACAUGAACUUGCCAGAAGUGUGCUCCAUCCUUGGCACUGACCACUUGCUUGGCUGCGAUGUGUCCAUCAUUUCAAAACACAUCAGCCAGCCUGUGCAAGGGGCCCUGACGAUCCCUGAGGUCUUCUCCAAUCUCAGCUCUGUCAUGUGUGUGGAGGGGGAAACUGGCAGUGGAAAGACAACCUUCCUGAAGAGGAUAGCUUUUCUCUGGGCAUCAGGAUUGNACCUCUCCCUUAGUUCCACCACACCAGACCAAGGACUGGCCAACAUCAUCUGUGCCCAACUCCUAGGGGCAGGAGGCUGCAUUAGUGAAGUGUGUCUGAGCAGCAGCAUCCAGCAGUUACAACACCAGGUGCUGUUCCUGUUGGAUGACUUCAGCGGGCUGGCCUCACUCCCCCAAGCCCUACACACACUGAUUACAAAAAACUACUUGUCACGGACCUGCUUAUUGAUUGCUGUGCAUACAAACAGGGUCAGGUGCAUCCGCCCAUACCUAGAUACGAGUCUAGAGAUCAAACAGUUUCCCUUAUCUAAUACUUUCUAUAUAUUAAAGAAGGUUUUCUCCCAUAAUAUGACACGUUUACUAGAGUUUAUGGUUUAUUUUGGACAGAAUGAAGAUUUACAGGGAAUUCACAAGACCCCCCUCUUCGUGGCAGUAGUAUGUACUGACUGGUUUGAAAAUCUAUCUGACCAGCCCUUUCAUGAUGUGGCUCUUUUCAAGGCCUAUAUGCAAUACCUGUCCUUAAAGCACAAAGCUGUAGCUAAGCAUCUCCAGUCCACCGUGUCCUCAUGUGGGCAGCUGGCCUUGACAGGGCUUUUCUCAUCAUGCUUUGAGUUCAAUAGUGAUGACCUGGCAGAGGCAGGAGUUGAUGAAGAUGAAGAGCUCACCACCUGCUUGAUGAGCAAAUUCACUGCCCAGAGACUGAGACCAGCCUACCGGUUUUUAGGUCCUCUGUUCCAGGAGUUUCUUGCUGCCAUGAGACUGAUUGAACUUCUGAGUUCAGAUAGCCAGGAAGACCAAGAUCUGGGACUUUAUUAUUUGAGAGAAAUUAACUCACCCUUGAAGACUUUGACCACCUACAACAAUUUUUUGAAGUAUAUCUUUAACCAUCCGUCAUCAAAGGCAGGGCCAAAAGUUGUAUCUCAUUUGCUUCACUUGGUGGAUGAGAAAGACUUGUUGGAGAACAUGUCUGAAAACGAGGAUUAUGUAAAUCACCCUCCAGAAACUUCCCGAAUAAUGAAGGAACUUAAGGAACUGUGUCUGUUAUUUCCUGAAUAUUCCUCUUCAUUGGUUUCAGAACAUUUAUUGUGCAUUGCUCUAAACUUUGCUUAUAAAAGCAACACAGUUGCUGAGUGUUCUCCAUUUAUUUUGCAGUUCCUUAGAGGGAGAACACUGGCUUUGAAAAUACUGAAUUUACAAUACUUUAGGGACCACCCAGAAAGCCUGUUACUGGUGAAGAGUUUGAAAGUCUCCAUAAAUGGAAAUGAAAUUCCAGCUGUUUUAGAUUACUCAGUCAUGGAAAAGCGUUAUGAAGCAUUACAGCCACCAACUAUAGAUCAGGAUUAUUUAUCUGCCUUUGAAAAAAUGAAGGAUUGGGCAAAAAACGUGUCUGAAAUUGAAGAGAAAUUUAGGAGUUUUAUGAACAACCAACACUUUAAUCCACCCAAAAUAAGCUCUGGCUAUUGGAAACUGUCCCCCAAGCCAUACAAGAUCCCUAGGCUGGAAGUUGGAGUGAACUUCAUGGGUCCAGCAGAUCAAGUACUGCUCCAGGUCCUCAUGGAAAUCUUCUCAGCUUCACAGAGUAUUGAGUUCUAUUUAUUUGACAGCAGUGGCUUUCUUGAAAGUAUCCGCCCAGCUCUGGAGCUGAGUAAGGCCUCUGUCACCAAGUUUUCCAUGUCCAGCCUGGAGCUCAGCAGAUCAGAACAGGAGCUGCUUCUCACCCUGCCUGCCCUGCAGUCUCUUGAGGUCUCAGAGACAAAGCAGUUACCAG